AUGGAUGAAGAGAGACGGGAGCAAAGGAGACGUCGAAUUUUGAGGAAUUCAGAGGACCGUUUGCGGAAAAUUGUAUCUGGACAGAGAAAAACUGAAGAACAGACAGAAUCUCACGAGGUACACAGAGACAGUGGUUCACCAUCAAGUCCCACUGGUUCAGCUGAUAAUGAUCCCCUCAACCAGACCGAAUCCACAAACCAUAAUAACAGUGCCAACUCAGACAAUAUUAUCCCUGACUUAAACAAUAGCAGAACUCCGGCAGAACCCCUGACAGAGAAGGCUACUGAAACAUCACAGCCUGGUGUCAGGCAGAGGAUAGGUACCAAGUCUUCAGAGCAAUCACAUUCUGCCGACUCUACUGAAUCAAGACUGCUCCAUUCAAAUGCAUAUGUAGAUGAUGGCUCUGAGACCACGUCUGAUGUCCAAGUACUAAAAAGCAAUAAAGAUGCAGCUCAAUUUCUGGGGAUUGCACGUUUUGUUGGGAGUCUACUCCUUGGUGUGGUGCUCAAUUUGAUGCUCCACAGCAUUGGUUUACUGAUGAAGUCAGUCAUCCUCCCUUUCAUACUGGUAGAAGCCACAGUGGUGUGGUAUCAAGUUACUCACAAACUGCACAAGACGGGUGUCCAAGGCAGUCUUCUGACUUCAGCACUGCUACUCAAUGGUAUAAAUAAAGACAUCAUUGACAAUUACAACACAACUAUGGCAAUAGUUACAAACAUUUUGGUGGACUUUGCUGCAAUGAUGUUCAGUUUUGUUUUGAUACAGGCAGUGAGGAGUUGAAAUCUGACAUCUUUAUAAUUUAUGCAAGUCAUUUCUUUUUAACACCAGUCAAACUGGUCAGUCCAGAUAAAUUUGGGCUUAGUGUAUGAAUUUCAUAUUAUAUUAUUAAGAUUUAUCUCACAAAAAGCAAAAAGUAGAUUUAACUGUUUUAAUUUUAACACGAGUUGUUUGCCACUAACUAGCUUUGAAGCUAGAAUAACUUCAACUUCGACAGGAGUAAUGUGCAAUGCUACAAGUCCAUAGCUGGAUUCAAAUUCAAUUACAAAUUUGUUAUUAGGGUUGAAAGCUUUUGCCCUAAACCAGCAAGAAUGUGUUGUGCUGCAUGCAGCAGGCCACUUACCCAUGCAUUACAGAUCACCAAAUUGCAAUUAUUGUCUUUUGUUGGUAGCAAGUUGCAUGGUGUUAUGAUUUAACAUUAGAAUGAAUUUUGUUUAUUUGGUAAAGCUGCGCAUUCACAUGAUAAUUCCGUGAAUUAUGAUGAGUCUGUGAGAGACCUAGAUGUAGCAUGUU